AUGUCCCCUGACAUCGAGGUGAUUGACAUCCCCAAGGUUGCUCAAAUGACAUACGAUCUAUGUUCCGUCUGCACUGCCAUGUCGCUAGAUGCCCCGGAUGGCUUCAAACAACUUGUUAGUAAGCUGGAGUCAUUGAAUAGUGUCCUGCAGGAAUUGAGAGACGGUGCUGUCUUGACGACGGUAGGGCAGGAGAAAUCGGGCGAGGAACGCAAGAUUACUCUGCAACGUGGAUUGAAUAUCUGCUACAGCAACCUGAAGCAGCUCAAAGAGUUGGUCGACAAAUAUCAGGAUAUGGGUCUGGGAAAUGGAAAGUUGCCCUGGCAGCUCGUAAAUUGGGCGACUCAAGAAGAGGGCAGUACCUCCACUAAACCAGCAACUGUGGGUACAGCAAACGGUGUCACGCAAGAUCUCUAUCAUCUUCAACUGCGGGAACAGCUUCUUCAGCAGCUGCGGGUUGAACCCCGAGACAGGUAUCAUCAACCUGAUGCCGACCUUUUUACGAGGUUCAAUGAUUCCGCGCAUAAAAAGGAACGGUCCCAAGAUCUGACUACAAAAGACUGGCUACGAGCCGCGGUAUGGUGGCUGCUCAAGGCUAGAACAGCCCUGGCCAAUGGCGAGAGACCGAGCCUUGUUCAUAGAGGCGGUGCCAGCCCAUCUACAAUGUCAUGGUCCGCUAGCCAUCAGGCGUAUGUUGACCUUUUGAAGGCGUCGUACGUCUUGUAUGAUGUUGUUUUAAAGAGGGAAAAACCGCAGGAGCUUCUGGAGGAUGAAAACAGAAAGCUGAUCUCCGACUUGUCCGAGGGCGUCAAGGAUGGCUUUUCUCAAUUCAACCAAGUGGAUGUCCCCGACUAUGCUGCCAUUCGCUCGCAUAAUCUUGAUAUCUGGGAACCAUUGCAACCUGAAGAGAUUACUAGAGACGACGGCCAAGCGUUCAGUCUGGGUAAUGCUCAGUAUACUACUGUGGAUCCGGAAGAUGCGGGCCACGAUGAUGAACAAAUCCUCUUCCGGACUUUUGUCAACGCGGGUAUUGGGAGUAAGAAGCUCCGCAUGAGGACUAGGGGAGCACCAUACAUGCUCUUGCUGUCCACCAAGUAUGGGGAAAGCGAACCCAAAAUAACCAUUUGCAACCAGUGUGGCACUUUCUGUCUGCAGCGCGACUUGGAACCAGGCGAUCUGGCUCAACUGGUCCAGGUUUCGGACGUCUCUCUGAAUGGACUUCCUAUCGCGAAGUCAACAGAGCCGGUCACUCUGAAGUUCGACUCGGUCAAUGUGUCGAUCUCUUUCCAGUACCUGUCCGAUAUGAUGCAGGUUAUCAACAUGCCCAAGGCAUAUUUUGAGGCUGUCCAGCUUCGGGAACCGUUGGAUGCAGGCGAAUUCUCAGAAACCGUUAUCUUCAAAAGCUCGGCCGAGCUGCUUGAGCAGUUGAGAAUGCCCAGUAUGAAACCGAUGAACCCGCCUGUAGUUCACAGGUCGUGCGAGGUGCGUAUCCUGGAAAGAACGUUCAAAGACGCGUGGCGAUCUAUUCGACGCAUGGUCGUCAGCUCAUCGGCAGCUGAAAGGGACGCGCAUAGCAUGGAGAUAUUCAUGCCCAUGAGUCACGUACAGGUUAGCCGCGAGAAGGGCUCGGGCUAUGUCAUGCUGAAAUGGUCAGACACCUGCCAGGAGCGGUCCGGCAAGACAGAUGGAAACUACCAUCCUCUUUUCUCCUACGUCUAUGACGCUGGCAGCCCUAACAUAGGGAUUGGGAUUCGGUUUCGCUCACAAGAGGUGACAAAAGAUCUAGAGCGGGUCAUUCUGACCAUGAAUGCGAAGCCAUCAUUCUCGUGGGUCCAAACAGACAGCUCAGGUCAUGUCUAUGAUGUUGUGGAUGUUGCAGAGGAGGCGAAACACUACAAGGCGGUCCUAGUAUGUCAAAGUCGCCUAGGCUGGUCCCAAUGCAGUCUACACUAUCUGUACAGGGACACGGAUUACACCUGCCAGCAUUCCUGUCUCCGCGUCCGGUUUCCUCGCUUGUUCCACGCCGACUACAUAUCAUCGCAUGUUGAGCAACUGUAUCGCGCCGACCAGCGAGUGUACUUCUCUCACUGCGAGAAGACAACGGGGAACAUGGUCGCGCAGUUCAACGAGGAGCAUGUUCUGCGAGGAUUCAUGUCCUCCCUCGCGUCAUCACACAAACUGAUGUUCUCCAGACGGGCAACCUCUCUCUCGACCAAAGAAAGGCAGUUUUUCCGACAUAAGAGGUCAACGAAGGGCGACUCGGAGGUGCAAAUAUGGCGUGACGGAGACAAACUUCGCCUCGCUGCCCGCUGGAGCGACCAUAUCAUGGACCGGUGGCUCACACUAGCCAUACCAUCGUUGGAACCGUCGCGGGCCAGCAACUGGGUUGCGUUCCCCCCCCUCGCCUACUCGCGGGGGAUGGUCAUCAACAUGGCCCAAAUAGCGGCCGGGUCGCCAAAGAACUCCAACAAGGAGCGGCAAAGCGGGCCGAUCACGAUCACUUUUCCUACCACCCAAGGUGCGUCAUGGCAAUUCUUGUCUGGUCGUAUGGUGCGGGACUGA